AUGAGAACAGGGAAAGAGAGUGAACGUGUCACGUGCUUCCCACGUGUCUGCGAUGCCACUCUGCGUGGUGCGGGGGCCGAUCCAACGCGUGCGCGCAGCCUCGAGUGCAGCUUCCUUCCCGUCUCCAGGCGCUGCACCAAGGAAACGGCCCGAGAGCCGGAGCCGGCUCACCCCGCGCCGCGCAAUCGAUGCGCCAGAGACCGCGAACUGGGUCAGCGACGCGAGCGCCGCCGGCAGCGCACGGCAGCCGCUGCAACCGCGGCCGCCGCGGAGGCUCUGCGGCAAGGCGCGCGGCAGUUGUCAGCGGGCCGCCGACAGCUGACGGCGCACAGCAGCUCCGCUCCCCGGCCGCUCAGCGCUCGCUCCGCACGCGCAGGAUCUGUACGCCACUUGACCUGUACCUUCCCCCUUCAGAUCGUCUUCCUCUCUUUCGGCUUCCAGUUUACAUUGGCAGACUCCAGCAACAUGUUGGACGCGCAGUCGCAACUGAAGGCGCACGCGCAAACGGCGCGCAGCUGGUGGCGGCGUUCCACGCAUGCGCGGAAUCCGGGGGCGCAUGCGCGUGGCGGCGCUGUCAGCGGCAGCUGGUGGCGCGUCUGGAGGCUGGCCGAUGCGCUGCUUCACAACGGCUGCUGACUCGUCAGCAGUCAGCAGUCAGCCACCGCAGCCGCCACAGUCUCAGGGCAACCUGUCAGCUCCGCGCCCCCCUCAGCUAACUAGCCACUCUUCCUACUUUCUCUCCUCGCCAGCGUCGCGAAUAUCGCCGCUGGCUAGACGGAAACGUACUGUAGUCCGGGAAGUCCAGUCCACUUUCAUCCUUUGUUACCGACACAGUUCUGCCUUUCAACAUUGUACUGCUCUCGGAUUACACUCCGAGAGACACUGGAGAUUAUUGACAAAUAAGUAUUCAUAGGACAUUAGCUUGAACAGGCUGCGAUUAAAACGGUAUACUCUCUCAUAGUUCAGUUCAUAGAGAGAGAGACACUAAACUAUUUGCCUAUAAGGCACUAAUAUCACUCUAAUUAAAUAACUUGAAGAAAUCAAAUUUUAAAAUAUAGCUCUCCUGUUAGCUAUAACUAAAUUGCCGAUUAGUCAAAGGUAAAAGAAUGCCGUAACUAAUUCUUCCAUAUAGUUUUGUCGAGAGUUACGAAAGGCCUCGUGGAAGUUUUUAGAAAAAAGUAUUUAAUUCUUUUUCGUAUUCACUAUUGUCGGCCUUUCGCAGUGAGUUUCUUAGUAGUAUAAUUUUUUGAAAAGAGAGAAAGAAUUCACUUGUUCCAGAGGGCAAUACUUGUAACAUUGUGAUAGAUUUAUUGUAAUAUAUACAGCAGAUCUAUAUGUACAUAAUACAGAUGUUAGAUUAUUUUAGCUUUUUAAAAUUAGCACAUUAUAAAGUUAUAUAAUAUUGUACGUUAUUAUGUAAUGAAGUUUGAUUAACAUUAAAAAAUUAUUUCUUUUCAGUA